AUGAAUCCAAAAAAAAGUAGACACACCUCUGCUCCACUUAAAUAUACCACCAUUUAUAGAUCACGGUCCAACGUAGAACGCGUAGCAGCGCUGAAAGCGCUUCACGACACCACGUCAGUGCGCAUGCGCGGCGGGAAACACGCCAAACUGUAUCUCCGCGAGUACGCCGGCGAGGAGGAGCGGCCGCCGUGCCGGGAGUGGACGCGGCCGCGGCUGCCGCAGGUGGACCGCAGCCCCUCGCGGCGCAGCCCCUCGCGGCGCAGCCCCUACCUCGUGCGGGAUGACGAGCCGUCGCCGGCGCCCGACGAACGCGGGCGCUCCGCCUCCGCCGGCGCGCACCACCGCCGACCGCGGCCAUUACGAUACCAAUCACUGGAGAGGGACUACGACCGGUCGUACGCGCCGCCGCCGCCCCCCGAAGAUGACUACUACAGAAGAGAACCGCCGCCGCUGUUCCUUGGGGAGCUCCAGUCACAGAACUCGGACCUACAGCGAGAACUGGGCAACCUCAAGAAGGAGCUCGAACUGACCAAUCAGAAGCUCGGCUCCAGCAUGCACAGCAUAAAGACCUUCUGGAGCCCCGAGCUGAAGAAGGAGCGGGCGCUUAGGAAAGAAGAGAGCGCGAAAUACAGCUUGAUCAACGACCAACUGAAACUACUCAACCAAGAAAACCAGAAACAAGCGAUGCUAGUCAGACAGCUGGAAGAAGAACUCCGUUUGCGCAUGCGCCAGCCCGCUCCAGAACUACAACAACAAUUGGAGGCGCUAUUCUCAGAAAACGAACACUUGCAGAGAGAGAUUGCCAUUUUGAGAGAUACUAUAAAGGAAUUGGAACUUCGGAUUGAAACUCAAAAGCAAACUUUACAAGCAAGAGAUGAAAGCAUCAAGAAGCUAUUGGAAAUGCUGCAAAAUAAAGGCAUGGGUAAAGAAGAGGAAAGACAAAUGUUCCAGCAAAUGCAAGCGAUGGCACAAAAACAGGAGCUCAAGGCGACGGCUGACACGCUGCGGGCGCUUCAGCUACAGCUGGAGAGGGCGCUGGCCGCGGCGGGGCUGCCAGGGGGCUCCGCUGGCGCCACGCUGACCGCCGUGCUGGAGACCAAGGACGCGCGCAUCGCCACCCUCGAGAGACAGCUCGCCCUGCUAGAGGCCGAACUACCCUCCGUAUACGAUAAACACGAACCGAAGAGACAAUUGGAUGAGUUCCGACUGGAGAUUCAGCGAAGGGAUCAAGAAAUACUGGCCAUGGCUGCUAAAAUGAAGGCUCUGGAGGAACAGCACCAAGAUUACCAGAGACAUAUAGCAGUUCUCAAAGAAUCGCUGUGUGCUAAGGAAGAGCACUAUAGCAUGCUUCAAACCGAUGUGGAAGAAUUGAAGGCUCGUCUUGAUGAAAAGAGUCGAAUGGUUGAGAAAAAAACUGCUGCGGCGCUAGCAGCGGCUCACGAACUAGCUGAACUGAGAGAUCACUCGGAGAUUAAAGAUAGGAAGAUUAACGUGCUGCAGAGAAAGAUUGAAAAUCUGGAAGAUUUACUCAAAGAAAAGGAUAAUCAAGUUGACAUGGCUAGGGCGAGGUUAAACGCUAUGCAAGCACAUCAUUGCUCAUCUGAAGGAGCUCUUUCAUCCCUCGAAGAAGUUAUUGGAGAUAAAGAGAAACAAAUACAACAACUUAGAGAACAGAGAGAUAGAGCUGAACACGAGAAGAACGAGGAGAGAGAGUUACACGAAAGAGAGAUAGCUGACUAUAAAAUGAAGUUACACGCGCUGGAAAGUGAAGUGGAAAAACUUGGCGCUAGAUUAGAAAGAGCUCAAGCGGAGAAAGAUAGGCUCGAAGCUAAGCUAGAAAGCUCUCAAUCAGAACUCGGCAAAUCAAAAGCUGAGUUAGACAAAGCUGCUAGCGAAGUAGGCAGAUCGGGCGCUGAUUGGGAAGCAGCUAAGCAAAGAUUAGCUAGACUCGAGCUGGAAAACGAACGGCUUAAACACGAGCUGGAACGAUCACAGACCACAUUCGGCAGAAGUACGCUAACUACCUCCCAAGAACUAGAUAGAGUACAGGAAAAAGCUGAUAAAUCAGCGGCUGAGCUAAGAAGAACUCAAGCAGAAUUACGAGUGACCCAAGCUGAUGCAGAAAGAAGUAGAGUAGAAGCUAGCGCUCUACAAGACAAGCUGGAAAAAUCACAAGGAGAAGUGUACAGAUUGAAAGCUAAGCUGGAAAAUGCACAAACGGAACAGGACAGCCUCAAAGAAGAAUACGAUCGCGUACAAUCCUCAAUAAGUCGUCUCCACUCAGAACGAGAUAAAGCUAUAGCUGAACUAGACAAAGCCAGAGAAGAAUUAGAGAGAACUCAAGCUACUCUAGGAAAAGCACAGCUUCAACAGGACAAGCUGCAAGCUUCAUUAGACUCCGCCCACUCUGAGAUAGACAAGCUGCAGGAAAAACUUGAUAAAUCAGCCGUUGAAGUUAGAAAGCUUCAAGUCGAUCGUGAGAAGUCAGCCUAUGACUUCGAGUCGCUUCAGUCACAGCUUGACAAAGCGCUUGGACAAGCUGCUAGACUACAGAAGGAGAGGGAUACAGCUCAACUAGACGCGGACCGGUUCAGGGAUAAGCACGAAAAAGCACAGGCUCUGGUAGCUAGAGUGCAAAAAGAACGAGACGCAGCACUAUCAGAGGCAGCGUCUUGUAGAGAAAGGGCGGAGGCAGCGGCAGCAGCAGCAAACAGAGCAGCAAGAGACAGAGACAGCGCAGCAACAGAACUAGACGUACUGAGAGAGAGAUGGGAGAAGGCUCACCAACAACACCAGAAAUUAACGAUGGAGAGAGACGACGCUCUAACUGAAUUAGAAAUAAUGAAAGAAAAGUUGGACAAGGCUUUGUAUUCAACACAAAAGACCAUCGAAGAAAAGGAAACAGCGCACAAAGAAUACGAGAAAAUGCUCGAGAAAUAUGAUAGAUCACAAAACGAAAUCUACCGACUUCAGAACAAGAUAGACAUCCUAGAAGCAGACAAAGACAGAAUUGAAUUGGAAUACGAGAAGAAUAUGCAUCUAGCUACAAAGUCACGUGAAGAUCUCAGAAAACUGCAAGACGAACUGGCUAGAUUACAGGAAAUGUAUGAUAGGGCGUCGUUACAGCUCGGCAGAACGAAAGAACAAGAAGAAAAGGCUAAAGAAGAUAUGGAUAGACUGAGCGUUGAUAUAGAAAUGGUGCGAGAUCGAUAUGAAAAAGGUCAAAUAGAACUUAGAAGAUACCAAGCGGAGAAAGAAAAACUUGUCGCUGAUAACGAACGCUUGCAAUUCGAAUACGACAGAGCGAUGGCACAGUGUAGUAAAGCACAGGCGUCGAACGAAAAGACGCAAGAGGAAAUGGCCAGAGUUCAGAUAGAACUCGAAAAAAUGUACGAUAAGCAUGAUAAAGUGUCCGCUGAAUUAAGAAAAGCUCAAGCUGAGCUGGAUAAAGUUAAAGCUGAUGUUAACGGCGCUAGAGAGGAGGCGGAGAGAUACGCGGCGCGCUACGGGAAGUAUCACGACACUAAGGAAGAACAUGAGCGGACUAAGAUUGAAGUGGAACGACUACGAACGAGGCUCGAGAAGACUACCCUCGACUUGGAGCGAGCGAGGAAGGCGGAGGAGGAAGUGAACAGACUGCGCUCCGAACUAGAACGACUGGACGGCCUGCGAGGUAAAUACACAUUCGAACAGGACAAGUGGAACACCGAACUUAACAGACUACAGGCGGAAAUAGACAAGUAUAGAGAGAAACACGACGCGGCGCAGGUUGAUAUUCAGAGACUACAAGCGGAGAAAGAACAAGCGGAGACUAAGUUACACGAAAUGAACAUACAACUAGAACUAUCUAAGAGCGAGGUUACUAAAUUGACAGCGGCCAUGGACAAACAACGAACGGACCUGGAAAGAGCUCAUAUAGAAUGCGAAAAAUUCAGAGAUAGAUGUGAAAAACUGAAACUACGAUCAGAACAGUUGGAUAAAGAUAACGAACGGCUUAAAGGAGAAUUACAACAGAUCGAAAGGAUGAAAUUGCAAGCGGUCGCUGGCGAUAAGGCGAGGACAGAAGAUAGACUGGAAAUUGAGAGACUCAGAGAUAAACUGGAGAAAGCCAUACAAGCAAGAGAUGCGACGGAAAUGGAGGCUGGACGAUUGGCCAAAGAACUAGAGAAAUCACAGAUGCAUCUCGCUAAAUACCAAGAGACUAACGAAACAUCUAGAGUGGAAUACGACAGAAUGACCAACGAGCUAGGCAGGAUGCACGAACGAUUAGAACGAACUAUACUAGAGAUGAGACAGAUAGAACAGGAAAGAGAUGCUCUUAGAACAGAAAUACAGAACACGAGACGGAAUAUAGAACAACAACAACGUACACUGGACCAUAGAACACAGGAGACGUUAGUUAAAUUACAACAAGAACUGGCUCAAUCGGUGCGAGACAGGGAAAAGAUGGCGUCCAUCUUGGAACAGAGAGACAAACAGGCAGACGCUAUAGAGAAACAGAUAGUGAAACUGGAAGCUGAUACUAAACAAUUAACUAUCGAACGAGAUCAACUAGUAGCUCAACUGGAAAAAUCUCAAGACAUGCUCGUUAACUUCCAGAGAGAAUUGAACUCUUCAGAGACAGAACUACAGAAACAAAGAGAGGAGGUGCGGAGAUUAAAGGAAGAACAGAGGAAGAUGGCGCAGGACUCAGAACGAGGGACCAAGUCCGUUAUAGAGAGUCGAGACAGAGAGAUAGCGAAGUUACAGCAACAAGUACAGAACGUGUCCAAAGAGAAGGAGAGCUAUAGACAGAGAGCAGAAAGGGCGGAGAAGGAAGCGCAGAAAGCGGCAGAAAUAGACAAAUGGAAGUCGGCCGUUGAAACCGAGAAGACGAAAGCCAUAGCGGCAGAGAGAGCGCUGUCGGAAUGCCAGCAGCGCUUACAGAGUUUAGAGAAGCAGUUCCAGAUGCAGCAGCAGCAGCUGCAACAGCUUCAAGCGCGCGGACCGUCCGACGUCAGGGAGGUCCAGAAGCAGCUCGAAGCAGCUCAAGCCGAGGCGCGCUCGCUGGCAGUCGAGCGGGAGAGAUGCCAGGCGCAGCUCGAGAUGCUCGUACAGGAACUGGAAAAGAGCCAGGUCGGUCGGAUCGAGUUCUGCCAUUGUUUAAACUCACCGCGAACUCGAUCGAAUAACAUCCUCGAUUUGCGAGAGGCGAACAAGAAGCUGCAGACAGCUGGAAACCAGAGCGCCAAAGCUGGGGAAGAUAUGGCGCAAGCUAAGAAACAGCUUCAAGAAGAAUACAAGAAGCUUGAAGACGCGAGGAAGCAGUUCGAGGAGAACAGAAGAAUGGUCGAGAACAAACGUAAAGACGUGGAGGAGAAGGAGAGGGCGCUGAUGGACAUGGACCGGCAGUUGAAGAAACGGAAGGAGCAGAUGGACCAGAUGGAAGCAUCGCUUCGGAAGGCCGGCGGUAGUACAGCAGCUGUAACAGAUCUGAACCGUAAGCUGGGCGACACGCAGAAGGAGGCAGAACAGUUACAGAACAAACUGAGGAGUAGCGAGGAGGAGUGUAAGAGACUGGCCGCGGAGACUGAGAGACUGUUACAGCUGGUGCAGAUGAGCCAGGAGGAGCAGGCGGCGAAGGAGAAGCAGGUCAUGGAGCUGCAGCAGUCCAUAAGAAACCUUCAAGCCAAAAUAAAAACUCAGCAACAAGCACAAGCACAAAGAGAAGAGGUGAGACUACGAUGUACUAUAAUAAUGAUAAUACUAGAAAUAAUAACAUACUAA